AGAAGGCUUUAGGAUCUCAUACACUGUACAUGCCGUUUUUCGUUCGUUGCUUUUUUUUAUUUUUUUUUAAAUCAUACAACAACGACGACCACGACACAUGGAACAAUUUUUUUUUUCAAUGCAAUACAUUCGAUUUAGUGUUUAAAUCGAAAAAACCUUCUUUUUUUUCGUUCGCAGAAAGUGUGAUUCAGAUUUAAAAUUCAGUGACACACAGUUUGAAUCUUCUUAGGAAAUAGUUUUGUACAAAUUUAGUGAAAUAAGUGUGAGCAAGCAGAGCCGCUCAUGUGCGAGUGAUUCAGUGUAAUUGCCGUCUUAGGACCCCAGUGAUUUUUUUUUUUUGAUAAGAGAAUAGAAAACAGACACACAUUUGAUUGGCAAAAAUGUCGGCGAUACAUGCAAUGAGCUCAAAUUCAAACAGUCCUACCGAUCCUCUGCGACAUAAUCUCAAAGUAAACGGUAUCAUCUCACAGAACAACACCAAAACAAAUAUGGUCUAUUCGCCGUUGGCACUGGCCAACAAUACAAAUGUUAACAACAACAAUAACAAUAACCACAUAACAAACAACAAUUCAAAUGCUGACAAUUCGUCAGGCUAUCGAAAUAAUAUCACCCCAGAAAAUUCAGCGCUGUGCAAAACCACACUUUUCUUUCCGGAAAAACAAUUUCAAGCAUUUCCCAACGACAAAAUGUUCAUUCGCAAAACAGAAAGUGAUUUUGAAAACAGUCGAUUGAUCGAAUCGAUGUCGAAUCGAGAGAGUGACAAUCAAUCACAAGCGUAUGCUGUGUCCCCCUCAUUGGUCCUAUCGCCGAAUGGCCAGUCAACGAGCUCAUCGGGAAUGUUCAAUUCGGAAAUGGGACGCAAAACACUCGAUUUCAGUCCCGACCAUAUAGUGUGUCUGUGCGAAGCACUCCAGCAAAAAGGUGAUAUUGACAAAUUGGCACAACUUUUGUACAAUCUACCAAAAAACGAACUCGUUCGACCCAACGACAGUAUUUUAAGAGCGCGAGCAGUAGUUGCAUAUCAUCAAGGUCUCUAUCAUGAUCUCUACAAAUUACUUGAGUCGCACUGUUUUUCCAUAAAAUUCCACAACGAAUUGCAAUUGCUUUGGUUCAAAGCCCACUACAAAGAGGCGGAAAAAGUGCGAGACCGUCGAUUAGGAGCUGUCGACAAAUAUCGCAUACGAAAAAAGUAUCCGCUGCCGAAGACGAUCUGGGAUGGUGAAGAGACGGUUUAUUGUUUUAAGGAAAAAAGUCGAAAUGCACUCAAAGAUUGCUACGAACGGAAUCGGUAUCCGACACCCGAGGAGAAGAAGUUGCUGGCGAAAAAGACUGGGCUAACGUUAACACAAGUGUCAAAUUGGUUUAAGAAUCGACGACAAAGGGAUCGAACCCCGCAGAGCCGUUUGGAUAUGAUACCAGUGAUACCAAGCUCAGGGAUAGACAGCAAUUUUUCACGGAUUUUCACCCAUGGCAAUUAUCCGCAUGCCUCAUACGCAAAUGAGGAUGUCUACAGUACAUAAGCUGCUCAUAGCACAGCACACAACCACCACACACACACACACACAGACUGGCCAAAGAGUUUCGCCGCAUCCAAAUGAAACGACACACAAAACAAAACAAAAAAAGAAAUAAAAACAAACAAUUCCUCGAAACAAAACAAUUAUCCGUUAUCAUUUGUGGUGUGAAUCAAGUUCUCUUCUGUAAUAAGUUUUAUUAAAACAACCAAAUUGCAUUUA